AUGUCACCAUACAGAUUGGUAUUUGGGAAGCUGUAUCACCUUUCAGUGGAGUUCGAGCACAAAGUUUUUUGGGCGAUUAAACAAUGUAAUAUGAACCUAGAAGAGGGCGGUGCCCAACGGAAGUUGGAUUUGCAAGAAUUGGAGGAGAUCCAGAAUGAAACCUACGAGAAUGCACUAAUUUAUAAGGAAAGGAGUCGGGCAUUUCAUGACCAACAAAUCUCUAGAAAAACAUUUGAAGUUGGUCAGAAGGUUGUCCUGUAUCAAUCCAAGCUCAAGCUCUUCCCAGUUGAGAUCCAGAGUGGUAAGACAGACAACAAGUUUGUGGUGAAUGGACACCGUCUCAAACAUUAUUACGAAGGUUUUUCAAGUGGGGAAGUGGAGACGAUACGUCUAGAUGCACCGCCGUGCACCAAUUAA